CCGCGGCCCCAACGUCCCAGGGGCGGGACCGGAGUCGGUGUCGGUGGCCUUCCUUGGAGCCAGCCUCUGGUCUGACCCAACAAACAGACCCUGGCUGGGGCGGCGGUUGCGGAUACUUAGCAUUUGAAAUAGAAUAAAUCAUUCACCAAAUAUCCUAGAGCUUGCAGGACCCCAGAUGAAUACCAGGUUUCCUUCAAGCAGGAUGGUCCCAUUCUACUUUCCUCCAUCAAAAUGUGCACUUUGGAACCCAACACCGAUUGGAGAUUUUACCUACUUACGUCUCAAUUACUACAGAAAUCCAAAGCUUGUGGUGACUGAAAAGACCAUUCGACUUGCUUAUCGUCAUGCUAAGCAGAAUAAAAAAAACUUGCCAUGUAUUUUACUGGGUUCUCUCACAGUGGAUGAAGAUGAAGAAGGUGUGACAUUGACAAUAGAUCGUUUUGAUCCUGGACGAGAAGUACCUGAAUGCUUAGAGAGAAUCCCUACUGCUUUUCUUCCUGGAGACUUUUUGAUUCCAUGCAAAGUUCAUACUCAAGGAUUUUGUUCAAGAGAAAUGCUAGUUCAUAAUGCAGAAGACUUCAGUUCAGCUUUUAAGGCUUUGCAACACCAUGUAUGUAGCAAAGAUUCCUUGGACUACAGUAAGCUGCUUUCCCUAAGAACUCAUAUCACUUCCAAGGAGAGCCUGGACAACAUAGAUUUUGACUUUCAUUGGGCAGCAGUAACUCUAGCAAAUACCUUUAGAUGCACACCUGUGAAGCCCAUCCCCAUUAUCCCAACAGCUCUGGCAAGAAAUUUGAGCAGUAACCUGAAUAUUUCCCAAGUUCAAGGAACCUAUAAAUAUGGAUAUCUUACCAUGGAUGAAACACGCAAAUUGUUACUUUUGCUGGAAUCUGAUCCCAAGGUUUAUUCUCUACCAUUAGUGGGAAUUUGGCUGUCUGGAAUUAUUCAUAUCUAUAGCCCUCAGGUAUGGGCUUGCUGCUUGCGAUAUAUGUUCAGUUCUUCUAUUCAAGAAAGAGUUUUUUCAGAAUCUAGAAGUUUCAUCAUAGUUCUCUAUUCUGUGACACAUAAGGAGCCUGAGUUUUAUGAAUGUCUCCCUUGUGGCAGCAUAACUGAUCUUCAGUUUCAGUUACUAACCAACCAGGAAACAGUGCAUCUUUUCAAAAAUGUUGAACCUUCAGACAAAAAUCCAAUCCAUUUUGAACUGAGUGCUGAAAGCCAAAAUGUAGAAGCACAGUUUUUCAACAAGAUUUCCAAGAAUCUGUCAACUAAGAGGUGAAGGAUAUUUUUCUAUUAGCAUGUGCAUUUUUUCAUUAUAUUAAUUAUCUUUUUGGUUUUCCCAAAAGUUAUCUCCUGGGAAAGUGCCAAUGAAUGAUCAUGACUCUGGUGUUGAAGAUGAAGAUUUAUCUCCAAGACCAAUACCUAGUCCUCACCCAGUGAGUCAGAAGGUAUC